UCUGCCCCACAGCCGGAUGCCUGGAAGGUUUACGUGUCCAAAGGCACCACCGUCACGCGGAGGAAGACCUUCAAGGAAGUGGCCAAUGCCGUCAAGAUCUCGGCCAAGCUGAUGGGACAAGUGAUGGCACGGAGGGUGAAGGCCACCAUCCUCUACGCCACCGAGACCGGCAAAUCCCGGACUUACGCUUGGAACCUGUGCCAGCUCUUCCGACGGGCGUUUGAUCCCAAGGUGCUGUGCAUGGACGAGUAUGACGUGGUGGCCCUGGAGCACGAGACCCUGGUCCUGGUGGUCACCAGCACGUUCGGGAACGGGGACCCUCCGGAAUGCGCCGAGAGCUUCUCCAAGGCACUGAUGGAGAUGACGUCGCCGUACACCGGCACCUCCCAGGCGGAGCCGCCCAUGAGCUACAAGCUGCGGUUCAACAGCGUCUCCCAGUCCGACCAGCUCGUGGCCUCCUGGAAGAAGAAGCGGCGGCAGCUGAGCAACACGGACAGUGCCGGGACCCUGGGAGCCCUGCGGUUCGCGGUGUUCGGGUUGGGGUCCCGGGCGUACCCCCACUUCUGCGCCUUCGCCCGGGCCGUGGACACGCGGCUGGAGGAGCUGGGGGGGGAGCGGGUGCUGCCCCUGGGCGAGGGCGACGAGCUGUGUGCCCAGGAGGAGUCGUUCCGCACCUGGGCACGCCAGGUGUUCCAG